GACUUUCAAGGUGAAACUAAAAGCCUCGAGGAUAGCUGGGGAUAGGCCACAAUGCAAGUUCAACCACAGAGGACACUUUCACUGCAACUGUCAGAGCAAAGCAGGAAACACUACGCGACAUCACUGAAGAAUCAUGCGUGGAAGAACAUUGGAAGUCUCUGAAGGCGAUUCUCAACGAAACGUGUUCAACGGUUCUAGGAAGAAAGAAGAGACAAGACAAGGAAUGGCUCUCAACGGACACUUGGAAAUUAAUAGAAGAGAGGAGAAUGGUGAAAGAGAAAAUGAUUCAAUGCAAGGACGGACAGGAGAAGGAGACGAUGAGCUCAACUUACAAAGCAUUGGACAAAGAAGUGAAGAAAAGUGCUAGGAAGGACAAAAGACGAUUCUACGACAAUCUAGCUACUGAAGCUGAAAAGGCAGCAGGCAAAAGGGACCUGAGGACACUAUAUCAGAUAACCAAAUCUCUAUCCGGGAAGAGAUCAACACAAGCGAAACCUAUAAAAGACAGCCAAGGGAAGCCCAUUACCAAGGAAGAAAAACAGAUUAAACAAUGGGCGGAUCACUUCAAAGGACUCUUGAACCGACCAUCACCUGCAACCCGUCCAGAAAUACCAACAACAGCGCGCACACAACUGCAAGUUGACACCAAUCCUCCAACGAGAGCUGAAGUCUUGAACGCAAUCAAACUUCUGAAAGCUGGAAAAACAGCCGGACCAGAUGGAAUACCCCCUGAAGCACUGAAAGCGGACCCAGAGACUACAGCAGACAUGCUGACUCCAUUAUUGCAAAAGGUCUGGAAGGAGGGAAAGGUGCCUACUGACUGGAGGAAAGGUUACCUCGUGAAACUACCAAAGAAGGGCGACUUACGCCUCACUCUGCAAGAACUGGCGAGGAAUCAUGCUCCUAUCGACGCCAAGUAAAAUCCUGAGUCGCAUCAUCCUGGAGAGAUUAAAGGACGCACUGGAGACAGAACUCCGACCAGAACAAGCUGGAUUCAGGAAAGGCAAAUCAUGUACUGACCAAAUUGCAACUCUACGCAUCAUCAUCGAACAAAGCAUGGAAUGGCAAUCAAACCUCUACCUCAACUUUAUAGA